AUGGAGCCCACCACACUGGGCAAUUCCGCCUCGGGCGGACACGACGACUCGCCCUUCGCCAAGGGUUACCAGGCGGGGUUCCAGCACGGCUGGAACCAAGGCUUCCGACGGGGGAAGCAGGAGGGCCGCCGCGAGGCGGCGCCUCAGACCAGGUCGCGGGAGGGCGACGAUGCUGCCGAGGGCAGCGAGGAGGCCCAGGGUCGGCGCUACAUACAGAGAACCUGA